UUCUCUAUGAGAAAUAUAUGAUUAUUAUUUAGUGCGCAAUUGAAUACACAAUUAUUUCAAACUAUGUGUUUUUGGACAAUGAAUACUAAAUUUAACAAAAGCGGGUUGCAAGUGAAUAAUGUUCGAAACCGUAGGCCCACUGUUACUUCAAUAUAAAACAUUUAAUAAGUACAUACUAUACAUAUGUUAAAACACACAAUUGCCUAAUUUCAAAAUAGAUUUUGGUUGUACAAGUGUAUAAAAAUAAAACAAAUACCGAUAGAUAAGUAUAUAUCUACUUAUGUACAAUUGCAUUCACCAACGGUUUGAUCAAAAAUCAUGCUGGCCAACUCAUUCUGCGGUUGGAGAAAAUAUAAAACCCAUGAUCAACAUCAUAGAACCCUAAAGAGAAAAAAACGACAGAACACAUCAGAGACAACAGUUCACAUAGAAGUAAACUCCAACGAAAUCCAGUUUCCAGGUUCUUACAGAUUUAAUUUUGACUCAAAAAACAUAAAUAUCGGGCGAAUGAAUAUUCUUGGACAUAAGAGAGGUAAUUUCCGUGUAACUCGAUAUGUCACGGUCACCGUACUCUUAAUUUUAUCGACUGCAGUCAAUGCUUAUGCUCAGCCAGAAAUUAAAAACUUCAGUAAUUCUUCCAACGGCGUUAGUCCGGAAAUGGUUAUGUUGAGUAACGAAACAAGCAAUAGUGCAAACGUACUAUCAGAAAAAAAUGAUUCUUCUUCAAUAUCGGCGGAUGAUAAAAUAAAUGAAAAUAUGGGAAUAUUUCAAAUGAAAGUACAAAGUAAACAGGGGAAAAAAAGUACCCCUUUAGCAAAGGUAUCAGAGCAUGGAGAUCUAUCAAGAGUUCAAAGUGUAUCUUUGUAUCGCAAUACCUUAAUAAAUAUAGAAAGUAUGCUACAACGUCAGUUGCGUGAGAAAGCUAAAGUGGAUAGUAUAGAAUCGAUUAAAAUGCACAUACUUAUGCGCUUGAAUUUAAAAAAACUUCCCAAUAUAACAAAACCAAUUUCAGUACCACAAAAUAUAAUAGAUAACUUUUAUAGAGAUUAUAAUGCAUCUUCAAAAAAUACUGUUUGGAAUCGCAUGGAAAACAUUGACGAAUCUCAUUUAUCUAUAAAUGACACUUAUGGCGGCCACAUAAUGACUGAUUUUUCUGAAGAAAGUUCAUCCUCCCAAAUGCAGGGAGAUGAUGCUAACACUGUUAAUGAAUUUUUGGUAGAUUUGAAUAAAAAUCAAGCUAAAAAAUCGGACAUUCCCAUUAAUACCAACGAUGAGGAGUACGAAAGUAUUUUGUCUCACAUCAGCAGUAUUUACAUCUUUCCCGAAGAAAUUCAACCUCAUGUUCGACACAAUCGCAAGGUCGAUGUUUUUCGAUUUCAAAUUGACAGUAGCUACUCUGAUUUGUCUUACGCUACCCUUCAUCUAUAUUUACGUGGUUGGGAUUGGAUAAGUGCUCAUCAACCUGGACUUCUUGAAGAAAUUAAAAAACAGCCACGUAAAGAUAUUGUUGUGACUAUUCACCGCGCUAUUAGGGUUGCAAAUACAACAAGCUUUACUCCGAAAGUCAAAAUGUUUGAGUUUCGACAUAGUAUUCCCUCAGGACUUGGACAAUGGGUUGCUGUGGACUUAAAGUCUCUGCUUGGUAAUCUAGGGUCUAAUAUGACGCAGGAAAUUCUAAUAAAGGGCGCAGAAACCUGGAUGAAGACAUUAGUGGUGACCACAGACAACACAUCGAAAAAUCCAUUGACUGUUCACAUAGAAAUUGGGUCGCAAAAAAAGCAUCGGAGAAAGCGCAGCGUAUAUAUGGACUGCACAGAAAAUGAUCAUGACAUGCGCUGUUGUCGAUAUCCCCUUAAAGUUAAUUUCACCAGUUUUGGAUGGCAUUUCGUUGUAGCACCAACGUCCUUUGACGCAUACUUCUGCAGUGGUGAUUGCAAAGUUGGUUACCUAGAGCAAUAUCCCCAUACACAUUUAGCAGCCUUAACGACAUCGGCCACACCGUGUUGCUCGCCGACAAAAAUGAGUUCCUUAAGUUUGUUAUAUUUUGAUGAUAACCAUAAUCUGGUUUUAAGUGUUAUACCAAAUAUGUCUGUCGAGGGUUGCAGCUGUUCUUAGCGAACAAAAUUCGAAAGUGUCCUUUAAAAAUAGAUCUUAUACAUAUGGUAUGUAAAUAAAUUAACGCAAAGGAAUAUUGACCUGUUUAAGAACGCUAGUUUAAAGUACAAUUCUCAGAUUUUAUAUAAAAUUUACACCUUUUAAAUGUAAAAUAUACCAGAUUGCAUUCUGAUGAUUCCCAAACGAAUAAAUAGAUCGCAAUUAAAAACAGUAAAAAUUGAAAAAAAUAUAUAUAUUUAAAAAUGAAUUCCUACAUUACCUUAUAAGAUAAAUAUAGAGCCAAGCAAUAUCUUUUAAACUGUGCAUUACAAAUUACAAAUGAAAAGCAAACAAAAAAUAAUCGUUUUAUAUAAAAUGAUUGUAUGACGCAUAAAGAAAUACAAGGUUAAAAUAAACUAAGUACCUUAAGUUUUGAUAAAAAUCGAAUGAAUAACAAAUGGCACCGUAAGACAAAUAUAGUCUGAACGGCUAAAUGUGGAUCAUUUACGGCUGUGUGAUUACCUAAUUUGGAUACACAGCUAAAUGUAUAAAGAUGGUCAUAUCCUAUCAUAUUCAUAGCAUAGAGAAUAUUUUACAGUGAACGGAUUCGUGCGUGUGCAAACGAGACUUCUAAAUGCUGUUCCUUUCAAGACAAGUAAGGAAUUGUCUGAAUUAUAUUGAUUAGAACAGAGGCUAGCCUUAAGUUUCGCCAAGCACACAGAACCUAUUUGAAAAUCAUUAGAAGUUAAAUAACGUGUCAGAGAAAUAGAGAUAUACAAGUAGCAAUGCAGCGCAGUGGCGCUACAGCGCUCACUAUAUCUCCAUCUUUAUAUUGUGCUUUAAAAAAAUAUGCUAGAAUAGGUUAGUUUUGAAACAUAUUCCGAUUAGUUCCUACGAUAUAAGCUCGAAUGCAUGCUUAAGUGCCAAAGAAUUUCUUUUUCUAAUGCGUUCUUUUCGAAUCUUCUAUAAACACCUAUACUUGUCGCGGAAUUGGCUUCUAAACGUUUUCAAGAGUACUUAGGAGUCAUAAACUAGUUUGAACUAUUCCUUCUUAGCUAAAACACACAAGAGAUUCUCCAAUUCCGGCCUACCCAACUAGUUUCCGCCCUAACCAUUUAUGUUGCCAAUAAAUAUAAUUUUGAGAAGUGCUCCAACAUCAACUGGUAGGUAAGCACUUAUAGGCGAUAAUCGUGAAAUGGUCGUGUGACAUUCCGAAUAUAGAGUGGGUGAAGAUGUAAGAUGUAAACCCUUGAAAAAAGUUACUGCGUUUUGACAAAAACACAGGCGCGCUAAGGAGUACCAUAGUAUAUAUCGCCAAGGAGUCAUACGAUCUUUUCCGGAUUACACGUCUAAGGAGUUCUCUUGUUUUUUUAUUUUAAUUGAAUAUCGGUUCAAUUAAGCUUUCGGUAUAAACUCAAAAUGUCAACCCCCUCCUACUAAUAAGCCAACAAAUUUAUUUCCGAAAAAUUUAUUAUAUAACCAUUUAGUGAUACAUUACUAUAUAAAUUGAUAUACUUAUAUUUCCAUAAAUAUUUCUCAUAUAAACUUAGGGGUCUCGGUUCUGAAGUUGGCCUUUUAAUAUGAAUACUAAUCAGUAAAAUGGGAAUGCCGAUCUGAGUCGAUAUAUGAAAUGUACUUUAAGAUAUUUUACUUUCUGCGAACACAAUACGGAUAUUUUCAUAUUUUUAAUAUUGUUUAUGUUAUUGGGCGCUUACUUUUAUUUUAAUUACUUUUGUA